ACUCACUUGAAUCGGUCUCCUGUAGUGGGACGUGUGGGAUUACCUAUCUAAAAUAUUGUUUUUGUUAUCACAAAGAUAAGUGUGGAUGAAGUGUUUAGUGAGCGAAAUGAUCGGUGUUCAGUUGGUGGUCUUCAGUGUGGUGGCGGCAGGGCUGGAGGCGCGGCUCCUGGAGUUCCCUCCAGGAUUCAAGUUCGGAGCGGCCACCGCAUCCUACCAGAUCGAGGGUGCUUGGAAUGCUAGUGACAAAUCCGCAAACAUUUGGGAUGAGUUCACCCACAAGCACCGCAACCGCGUGAAAGACGGUAGCGACGGCGACGUGGCCUGCGAUUCGUAUCACAAGUGGGAGAGGGAUGUGGAAAUGGCGGCUGAACUUGGACUGGACUUCUACAGGUUCUCCCUAUCCUGGACCCGCCUCCUGCCCACCGGCUUCGGACACGCAGUCAGCGAGGACGGGAAGGCUUACUAUAAUAAGCUCAUCGAUGCUCUCCUAGCGAAGGGAAUAGAACCCGUGGUCACUUUGUACCAUUGGGACAUGCCGCAAAGAUUCCAGGACUUAGGAGGCUGGGCCAACCCUCUCGUCGUUGACUGGUUCGCGGCCUACGCCAGGGUGGCAUUUGACCUCUACGCCGACCGAGUCAAGACCUGGAUCACCAUCAACGAGCCCGUCAUCGUCUGCGAUGCUUCCUACAGCGGGUUUUUAGCCCCAGCUGUACGUGAUGUUGAGGUGGGGGUGUACUUGUGCAAUAAGAACAUACUGCUAGCCCAUGCUAAGGCCUGGAGGAUCUAUGACGUGGAAUUCAGGCCUAAGUACAAAGGGCAAAUAUCUUGGUGUAACCACUUGGUGUGGUUCGAGCCUGCCAGCAAAGCUGAAAAGGAAAUAACCGCGUUAGCUAUGGAACACUGUGCAGGUCGGUACUCUCAUCCCAUCUUCUCUAAGCAAGGAGGAUGGCCUCCAGCUCUGGAGAAGUUCAUCGCUGAGAAAAGCAUCAAGGAGGGUUUUAGAAGAUCAAGACUACCUGCUUUCACGAACGAAGAGAUAGAACUUAUACGAGGAACAUACGACUUCUACGGACUGAACCACUACACCAGCAAGGUGGUCCGUCUGCCGAGACCUGGGGAGACACCAACCGGCUGGCCCUUGUACGGCUCUCCAGAACUGGGCGUCAUCCUUGAGGCUCGCCCGCAAUGGAAACCCACUAGCUGCUCGUGGCUAAAGCAAAACCCCAAAGGUUUCCGCAAUAUCCUGGUGUGGUUGAAGGAGCAGUACGGAGACCAGAAGUUCCUGGUGACAGAGAACGGCUUUCCUACGAGAGGCAGCAACCUGGACGACACUGAGCGAGUGCAGUUCUACAAAGACUACCUGACCCAGAUGCUGCUUGCCAUGAAGAAAGAUAACGUGAACGUCGUCGGGUACACUGCCUGGUCUCUCAUGGACAACUUUGAAUGGGUGGACGGUUACAGCAACAAAUUCGGGCUAUACGAAGUUAACUUUACGGAUCCUGAGCGCCCGCGCGUUCCUAGGCGCUCAGCUACAUUCUACGCUGACGUCAUCAAGAACCGGGCUCUGGACGAGUAUGAAGACAGAACAGCAUACGUGGCGUGGGUCGUCAUAGGAUCGCUGCUGGUCUUUGUGACCGUAGCUGCGGUGCUGUACCAGUACAUUAAGAGGAUAAGGGACAAGAGAAAACCAGAGUAUGAGAGCGUUGCCCUGCAUAACACGACCCCGAAGAGUUUGUUGACUCAGUAAGAGCGCUUUCACA